CGCCACUGGUCGGGGGAAAUGUUUCCAUAAAAUUUGUAAAUAUUAAAUUAAACCUCAAUUUUUUUCCAAAAUAUUGUUAUUGAAAUAUCAUAAAUACUUAGGAGCUGUGAAGGAAAUGAAUGACGCCCAACAAAAACCGUUUGCAUGCACAGUGAAAGGCUGUGAAAUGACUUUUACUAAUAAAGAUCAUUUGGAGUGUCAUCAAAAAAAGCAUGAUAUGAUGUUGAAUUUGGGAUUAGUUAAUAAAAACAACGAUUCUGCCGAUCAGACUCCAACUCCUACAAGAUUCAUUAGAAAUUGCGAAGAGGUCGGCCUUUUCCAAGAUCUACAAAACGUGAAUCCUUUCGACGAAAUUUUCAAGAAAGCUACAGAUAUAGUUAAAAGCGGUGGAACUUUGGAUGUAGCGGAGGCAAACAACUCAGACGACACAUUACAUACGCCGCAUAUUUUACCGCAUAUCGAAGGCAGUAAAGCGAAAACUGCUGUUUGUCAAACCAAACAAGAUGCUACACAUCGGUCUUGUGAUUUCACACUUGGAGGAAUAUAUUCAGACAGCACACCUGAAAAUUCUCUGAAAUCGCCCGAGAAAGACAAUAACUUAACAGAAACUGUUAAAGACAAAAUAAUAAAGACUCUGCAAAAUAAAGAGAAAUUGAAAAAUGAUAAAGCCGUUUUGGCAUCACGUUUUGUAUCAGUUGUACCUUUUAGAGACCUAACGGCAGAGAAACGCUCAGAUGUCAUCAAUAUUGAUAGUGGGUCAGAAAACAGAUCCAGUACUAACGAAACCAAAGAAAAAAUUCGUGAAAUGAACAGAGCUGCUCAAACAAGGUGUCGAAAGCGUAAACAGAUUCGCCUGAGGCAGAUGGAAGAGGAAAUUUGUUCCUUGAGAGAGGAAAAUAAAAGAUUGAAGGUGGAGAAUGAAUUAUUGAAAUGCCAGCUCCUCAAAGAUUUGGGAAAGAACUCCAAAGAUGUUGCUCCAGUCCCAAGUAGAAUUAUCAAACAGCCUGAUUCUCAGAAACAAAAGAAAAUCGCCCCCUCAAUGUCACCCGCUUUACCAAUUAUCAUACACAUUGGACCAAACAUUACCAGCCCGACUAUUCCAGUCAUAACAAAGUCACCUGAGCCGAGUUCUGGGAAAGUUAACGGCCAAGCUACUACAAAAGAUGAUCGCAUCACGAAAUCGGCAAUUGUGAAAAAGAAAUUUUUUCGGAAAAUUAUCCCUAAAAUACGCAUCGAUAAGUGUUAAUACUUGCGUGGAUAUGGAACUAUUUUUAUUCGACACUAAUAAUCAUCUAGUUUCAUCAUCAUCAUCAAUAAAUGAUUGUUUGAAAAAAUUAAUAUUUCGAAAUGAAAUUUCGAAACAUUCAUCUCUU